ACAUUUACUGUUGCUAGGCAACACACAGCUCGUCAACUAAAGAAAGAAGGUCCCCUGCCCUGCUGCGCUAUUUCCAACUAUGGCCGGUGGCAGGCAGGAAAAGGACCUUGUUCAUCUAAACGCCAUUCACGUUGAGAGCGUAAAGAAAGAGCGGCGAUAUCAGAAACUGCACACCGAGUUUAGCAUCAACCCUUACAGGAAGUUGCAUGUCCUCCCAGACAAACCCAUGUGCAGUAAACCACCAGAAUCCCUGUCAGAGGACACAACAUAUAUUGACGCCUACCGAAGGGUCCGCAUGGCACCGUAUUUAAAGUACCCCAGGCCCAUCACUGAAAGUCAAGAGAUCGGAUGGUUUGCCACUGAACUGCCUCCACACGAUCGUCAAGACCAAAGAUUCAACUUCCCACGACGUAAGACAGAUGUCACUCAACUUGCUCUUUUUACCAAAAAGCGUGGCGAUUAAACCAACCAGAAGAACAGA